AUGAUUCCCAUCCAACUCACUGUCUUCUUCAUGGUCAUCUAUGUGGUCGAGUCCUUGACAAUAAUUAUGCAGAGUGGCUUAAUUGUUGCAGUGCUGGGCAGAGAGUGGGUGCAGGUAAAGAGGCUGUCACCUGUGGACGUGAUUCUCACCAGCCUGGGCAUCUGCCGCUUCUCUCAGUGGGCAUCGAUGCUGUAUAAUUUUUGCUCCUAUUUCAACCCUAACUAUGUAUUUUGGUACUACUCGAUCACCUGGGACUUUUUAAAUACUCUUACAUUCUGGUUAACCAGCUUACUUGCUGUCAUCUACUGCGUCAAAGUCUCUUCCUUCACCCACCCCGCCUUCCUCUGGUUGAGGUGGAGAAUUUUGAGGUUGGUUCCCUGGCUGUUACUGGCUUCUCUGCUGAUUUCUUGUGUGACUCUUAUCUCUUCAGCUAUUAGGAAUCACAUGAAGAUACAGAUAAUCUCCAUGGAGCAUUUCCCUAGAAACAACACUAUGGUUGAAAGACUUAAGAUGCUUCUGAAGAAAUUUACCUUAUCUCAGCCAGUGGUUGUGUUGAUUAUUCCUUUCCUCCUGUUCCUGGCCUCCACCAUCUUGCUCAUGACCUCAUUGUCCCAACACUUGGAGCAGAUGCAACAUCACAACACUGACCACAGCAACUCCAGCGUGAACGCUCACUCCACUGCCCUGAGGUCUCUUGCUAUCUUCCUUCUCUUCUUCACCUCUUAUUUUCUGACCAUACUCAUCUCCAUUCUGAGCAUCCUAUAUGAUAAGAGAUCCUGGUUCUGGGUCUGGGAAGCUGUUAUCUAUGCUAUAGUCUCUGUUCAAUCCACUUCACUAAUGCUGAGCAGCCCUACAUUGAAAAAGGUUUUAAAGGUAAGGUGCUGGGGCCUGGAGGCUGCCUGA